AUGUCCACCUCUACCGGUGGUCUUACGGCGUCGCCGCUCACAAAUAACUUUGAGUUCAAUUGGGUUUUCCUUGUUGAACUGCUCGUCUGUGGCAUAUUAACUCUAUUCUUCCUCUUCUACUUUAAUCGGUUAUUUGCGACGUUAAUAUCGUACGGUUUUCGGGCAUGGACAUGGCACAAAUACCGGGUUUAUGUCGAUAUACAAGCACUCCAAAUAUCACUUCUUGGAGGUCGGAUAUUUUUCAAAGGGUUCAAAUACCAUGGGAACAAUGAGACUAUAUUGAUUCAUAGCGGCUUUUUCACUUGGUGCUACUGGCUGAGAAACGUCAGAGGCCUCAGUGUAGGUGGUGACAGCGAUGUACACACGAAACGAGUUUCAACCGAUUCCGACAACAAUGGAAAGUCAGGACUUAGCGCUACUUUGGAUGGAGCAGAACAGGGGGGGCCAGAAGAUCCUGCGAGACUUCCAUGUCGUUUCACUGUGAAUUUGAAUGGGGUUGAAUGGAUCGUCUACAACAGGAGUGUUGCUUACGACGCUGUGAUUGCUGGGAUGAUGAAGCAAGCAGACCCAACCUUCGAACCAAGAUUUGAAAAGGAAAAGGAAGAGUCGGCGGAUCCUACUUUAAGACAUAGAAAACAGACCAAAGUCGCGGACCCGGAGAAGCGCGCAGAUUUCCAGAAGCCAUCAUCAUCCAAAGAGACUUCAGAUGAUAGUGAUUUAGGCCACGGUACUCUCAAAACUCAACAAUCCUCGUCGUCAUCACAGACAGAAACCAGUCAGGGAGGAUCACAAGAUGAAAAGAAGCCGGAAGGUUCCUUCAUAUUGCGACUUUUGCCAAUACACGUUACAUGCAACAAGGCGGCCGUAGUUCUCGGUAAUGAAAAUACUAAAAGCGUAUUGAUUGCAAAAGCUGAUGGGGCCUCGGGCGAGAUCGAUGCUGCUCGCUCCAAUACUAUCGACCAGUACAGACAGCUGAUUAAUUUCAACUUCAAGCACCCAGUAAUACAGAUAAAGCCUAAUGAUGACUAUAAAGAGGACCAAACAACACUUGCCAUUCGCGUCAAACGUGGAGAAAAGCUCCAAGCUGAUGGCAAGCCGACACAGACUCAUAACCACAGUUUCGUCCAUCGGCAACGUCGUAAAGUAUGGCACACGCUACAGAAUCUUGUUCCUGCUUUUCGAAGCUCAGUAGACUCCGUGUCAAGCUCGACCAGACUUCAAGCAACACAGGCAAAGCCCGAACCCGGCUCGGGUGGUUGGCAGGGCUUGUCUAGAUACCUCGACGAGAAUGAGCAGGACGACAAUGCAAAAUGGUCUUCAAUUGAGUAUGCGACAGUAACCACAAUUGCUGAUAGCCCUGCAGCUUACAUGAGUUUCUAUUGGGAUGUCCCUGGAACCGUCCCGGAACGUCAACAUGCAAACGAACAGAAAUACAAAAACGAAAUCGACAAUAUAAAUGGUGACGCACCACCAGAAUGGGGCCUAAACUUGAGCCUAAAUGGAGCAAUUGUCAAUUAUGGGCCUUGGGCUGAUAGGCAGCGAGCUGAUAUUCAACGUGUAUUCUUCCCCAGCCUUUGCAAGGACGCGGUUCCAAGCAGGAAGCUUUCAGCUGGUCAAUUCAGAGUGCCAACAGAGUUUAAGGUUUAUAUCGAGUUUGACGAAGAGACUAUUCUCCGAGUACCUAUCAAGGAGGAAUCCAAGAAUUGGAAAUGGACAAAGCAUGUCGAUUCCGUAGGCGCUAAGCAAACGGAGCAGAAAAAACGAGGAAGCAGACAUCGAAAGCGAAAAGCAGAUUCGAGUGCUGGGCCAGAAAUCCGCCCCUUUGGUUGGCUCGACGUCAAAGUUGGAUCCAAUGCGACUGUGACAUAUACCAUGGACAUGUUAGCUGGCCCCUUUGGGUUCUCGAACAACUUAGAGCUCGAACUUCCUAACAUUGAGAUUACUACAAGUGUAAAUCAUGGAACACUGUGGCGAUCCGUUGAUAAUCGCAUAUCUUGUGACUUGUCUAACCCCCUUCAAUGGAAUGGUCAGCACAUUUGGAAGUUUGAUGUUACUACGACUGGCCUCGAACUUUUCAUUCUCCGUGAGCAUGUUUUCCUUCUCCAGGAUCUCAUUGAAGACUGGGCUAGCGGGCCCCCGCCAGAGUACCUUACGUUCUCUCCAUUUCAAUAUUCUGUCAAUCUUCAUCUGGACGACUUCCGAAUAUAUCUGAACGUAAAUGAUUCGAACAUCAUCAACAAUCCAUCUGACUUUGAUGACAAUACAUUCAUCAUCAUAUUCGGCUCCGUCUUGGCGGCAAAAAUAGGUAUACCUUUAGAUACCUUCCGACCAUAUCGCAACGACAUCUCCUUCGACGUAGAUGCCAGCAACGGAGGACUGAAUUUACAUAUUCCUCCAUGGAACACGCAGGCAACGUUCUUAAGCUCGUCAGAGCUGGCAACUCUAAAAGAUCUAAAGAUUGCAGGUAAGUAUCAAUACUGUGCCACCACGUCGCCCAAUAACACAGACACGUUGUUGCUGGAUGUGUAUGGCGAUUCUCCAACAGCACAGUUUUAUGGAUUCGUUAUCCGUUAUUACCUCAAGAUCAAAGACAACUAUUUCGGAGACGAUAUAAGAUUUAAGACCUUAGAGGAGUAUCAAGAGGUUCUAGGUUCCCGUCGGUCAGGUGGCGACAAUGGCCAUGAUGUCCAGCCGCACAAGAAGUCAAAUGAUUUGGAUGUUAUCCUCUCUGUCAAAGCCGAUAGAUCUAGCGUCAUUUUGCCUUGCAAUCUCUACACCGCGAAGAAUCACAUUCGAAUCGAAAUUGCCAGCCUCGCAGCUGACAUGCGAUUUACGAACUAUUACAUGGAUCUGGAAGUAAUGCUAAGCACACUUGCAUUUUCGUCAGGAAGCGAGGAGUCAGGAAAUGCGACGCCAAUCAGCGCCACCUCUAGUACACAACUUUUUGUUGACGGAGUAAACGUUGUUGGGAACAGACUGUUUGGCCUUCCUCCGACUGAGCCAACUUACAUCUGCAAUUGGGACUUUGCAGUUGGAGCUGUGACCGGCGAAUGCAGUGCGGAUUUUUUUAGUCACCUGAUAAAUGGUGUGAAAGCUUUUGCCUUCUCAUUUGACGAUGAUGAAAACGCUCAACCUUCUAUAUCCAUUGCCCAGAUUCAUGAUGUUACCUUUCUACGAGCUACAGUGGAAUCUGUACAAAUAUGGCUUCAUGUGGAGGAAACUGCAUUCUUACUCUCGACGGCAGAGAUAUCCGUCAACUUUAAUGAUUGGGCAGGUACUCACUAUUCGAAAAAGCUCAACUUGCUGGUUCCACAAUUACACAUUGGCUGUGUGGAUGCUGAAUCUGCCUCGCGUCAUAGAUCACGAGCACAAAAUGCCGUUGAGACGCAUGCUUUCGUUCAGACGACUCUAUCGGUUGCGAUGAUUGAACGAAACCCAGGGUUUGAACAGGAUCGGCUACUCCAGCAAGAACAUAUCAAACGCCAUGAUCAACGAACUCAUAGAACCCAAUUUCUCCUGCAACCAAAUCUGAUGGACAAUUCCAUGCUCACUGCUGUAGACCCCCCUGCCUUGUCUAUUCCUCCAAUGCCUGCCCCAGUGGCCCAAGAAGAAGUAGAAGACAUGAUCAGCCAUUCCAGUCCCUCGGAAAUGUCUUCUCUGCGUCGCAGUGUAUCUUCUGUAAAACGGAAGUCAUCUUUCUUGUCGCUAUCAAGCGCUGGUCAUGGCAGUGAUCAUAGUGUGCUCCGGCCAGAAAGUGUACGCAGAUCAGGCCGCGUCGCACCUGAUGCUGGCCGUUCCAGAAACCUUUCAAAUAUGUUUACUUCAGAACAUCAGGCUCCCACUAGAGAUGUCUCUACAUCGAGCGGCCGGCGAUCUUCAUUUUACAGUGCCGUUGGUGAGCAUAGAGGCAUACCACCACCCACAGUCACAUUUUCUAGUUCCUACAUGGCUCCCUAUUUUCCUCUACAAGGAAUUGAACCUGACCGGAAAGAUCUUCCUACUCCAAACGAAGAUUUAGAGCAAGAUUUUGCGCGUGAAUACAGUCGUUUCAGCUUAGACGACGUCCAGUCUGAUCGUGUCGACGAUAACGCGACACAUGUCAGUUUCAUUAUAGAAUUAUCUAGUGGGUUGCAGGGAGUGUUUAGUCCCACGGCCAUUGAAGCAAUCAACAACCUCCUCGCGGCAUUACAACCUGUCGACCCUAAUGAUCUCUUGGACAGUCUCCAGAUGGAUUCAAUCAAUGAGAUAUUCGACCUGAAGAAACAGAAAGACAUGACCGGUACUGUUCUCGACUUGACUGUAAGGGCACCGGAGAUCAACUUUCGCCUUCUAAAUUCUAGUACUUCGGCUGCCACAGCAAAUUCUCAGGACAUGCGAGACCAAUAUGAUCUCUCCGUCUCAAGGAUCUCCCUUACUUCUAGAUCCGUCACCGCUCUCAAGAUCGAUGGUCAGGAGAAAACUCAAAACUCCUCCACGCUUCAAUUGUCCAUUAAAUCUGCCGGAAUAUCGGCCAAAGAAAGGCUCGGCGAUAUGGACGAUCCACAAGCGGCGGUUACUGGUAUCAUUCGUGAUCUGAACUGUUGGUACGUCUCCAAUAAAGCUACCGCAGCGUCUGUGGCCUUCAAAACCGUCGAGAUAGCGACAGUCAGCAGUAAAAUCGAAUACCUCGCUUCUUUGCUCCACCGAACCGGAACUCUAGCUAGCAGUACAGCAGAGUCCUUUUCUUCUCUCAAUGAUCAGCAGCGCAUCCGCAUGCAGUUUUUCACCUAUUUUGUAGCUACCGAAGGUCAACAAGCUACAGACCCUAUGUUCUUAACUAGACCAUCAUAUGUGCUCCGUACCGCUCCUGAUCACCUGAGGAGUAGUGAUUCCUGGAAAGUCGUUACUCGUCUGCACCACAUGUAUAAUAGCCUAGAUGUCAACACCAAGCAGGACCUGAAGUUGCGCUGCAUCAGCGUCUCGGAACCCUUACCCGACGACGCCGAACGUCGUGUCCUCGCCGGAUUCGACCACUGGAGAAGUUGGGAUCUACAUGAUGUGGAUGCGUGUCUUGUAAUGAAAAGGGUUUACGGCACGAAAGGUAAUGACACGCCCCAACCAGCGCAGGCAUCUCAGCCACUCAAAUUCACGCUGAGAACAGAGAGCGUUCGGUUAGUUCUCGAUCCAGGUCCUAAGCAGAAUGAGGUAUCUCUGUUAGAUAUAACUGCUGUGUUUGAAGACAAAACUGUAGCCAUGGAGGCUGAAACGCAGUCUCCAUUUCAUGGCGAUGAUGCGCAUUAUCUAGUGCUCCAGGUCUUCUGUGCUAGCACUGCGCUCAAUCUCAAUUGGGAAUUGUGCGAGCUUGCCGACGACAUAAUGAGCCUUUACCUUCAAAGCUCCAGUGUGUCUGCAAGGAAAGAAUCUAUGAAGCCCAGGAGUGGUAGAUCCACUUCCAAAGCUCGUCGAGACCUACAUGUGACCAUUGCUACGGAAGUUACCUCCAUAAUCUUAGAUACGGUGAAUAUUCGAGCCACGUCGCUUUGCAAUGGACUCAAGGCGUCAUUUGUAAUGAUAGAUGAUGCGAACAGCGAGACAACCCAGACCAUGAACAUGGUACUUGCUGCUGAUGCGGCCACAUCCAAAAUUAAAAGCCGGUCACAAGACUUGACUGUUCACCAGAUACGUCUCCCUAGCAUAUAUGCGUCAUUUGAGAAGCAGGCUGGCAGUAAAACACCAAUCCACACGAUCAAGGUCGCCGCGAACUGUCGUCAAUUGUCAUUUGUCAUACUGCAAGAUAUUCUCGCAUUGAUGGAGGUACUUGACCUAGUCAUCGGCGAUGAGCUCGCUCAAUUGCACCGUCUCAAAAAUCGUAUACCUUCUCAUUCGACGACGCCAACUCCUGACGAUGGUAAUGGCAAUGGCAAUGAAGUUUCAGACGAAAUUACUCCUGUUACGAAAGUGAACAUUGCACUGUUCUUAGACGAGUAUCAAAUCAGUGUGCUAUUACUCCGGUCUUUGACUUACAAUGUAUCGGGACUCGUCGCGAGGGCAUCUAUUGCCGCUCAAGUCGGAUCUGAUAUUAUAUUUGACUUCGAUAUUAAAGAGCAUUCACAUGAUAUGCAAACGACAGUCGGGGCAGGCAAGAAGAGUAUUUCUCUUUUACAAAUGCCUCCGACCAACGGGCGUAUCGGUUAUCAUAUCUCGGAUUCGGAAAACACAGUGUCUGUGUUCGUGUCUGUUGAACCAAUCCAGCUCGACGCAGCUGCCAUUCAUAGCCUGUUAAGUGCGCUAAAUCGUCCCGAAAUAUCAAGUGUCAUUACCGAUGUUCAAGAGGAGUUCAAAGCUGUGCAAGGUCAUCUCGAGGAAAUAUUUGGCCCCCAGUCAAAGUCUGCGCAACACACAGCACUUCCUGCUAAUCCUUUGAUAUAUGACGCUCAUCUGACACUUGCGGGGUUCAAUAUCUUCGCUAAUGCGCAUGAGGCAAAAGGAGGUUCUAGGAAAGCAAGGCUUGAUUUCAACCUUGGUUGUGUACAAUUGCUCGUUGCUAACAGGCUUGAGCAAAAUGGUCCAGCGCUGGCGUUCCCCGAGUUACGUGUUGCUCUGCGCCAUAUUUCUUUCGAACUUAGUCGAUCGAGCCGCAACGGCAUGCAACCCUGCGGAAAUCUGGUACUGGCUGCAUUUUUGACGGCUACAUCCAAAACCAAUGAUAUUGGCGAGGAAGUAAGAUCUUUCCAUCUUAAGAGCGACGCUCUGAAUAUAAAUUUGUUCGCUGAAACUGCAUCUACUGUCGUGGACGUCAUUGGAUACCUUCAAACCAAGAUCAAAGAUAUCGAUUUCUCGCGGGAAAAGCAUUACCUCCGAAAAUUACGAAAAUUGAAGCCUAAGAUAAAAGUCGAAGGUGAAUACGAAGAGCAAGAAGAAGAGACCGACGCCAGUUCCAUCAACAUAUUCGAAUCAAUGUUUUCCCUUGAACUGUUGAACUUGCAAGUCUGCUGGCUUGUAGGAACUUAUGAGAUCGACCGUACAUCACGUCAAGAGCGAGAAGAUCUUGUUUUCUCAUUGAAGCGAAUAGACUUCUCAACCAAGAAAAAGAACACUGCGCGAUUAACAAUGGAAGAUUUACAAGUGCAAAUGGUACCAGCAUCCCACGACAAGAGACAAAGAUCGCUCAAUUCGGCUCUUUUACCAGAGAUUAUCUUCAACGUCGGCUAUGUGUCAACCUCAGAUGCUCGUAGGUUUGCAUUUCAAGCGGCUGGCAAGUCUUUAGACCUUCGACUGACCUCACAAUUCAUGAUUCCGGGUGCGGCUAUUAAAAAGUCCAUCGGAUUUGCCGUUGACAGAGUUCGGGACGCGUCUGCAAGUUGGACUACGGCCGCUCCGGGAUCUACUACUGAGAACUCUCGCCGUCAACCUUUCUUUGGGAAGAAACGUAUGGAAUCAUUGCUCGUAGAUGCUGAUUUUGCAGGUGCUGUGGUGCACCUGUCCGGAAAAAAGGUCUCAGAUAGCUCCAAGACCAUUCUAGGAGUCAAGACUGGUCGAAUACCUCAGACUGGGCGAUAUGGACAAUUCACACAGACAGAUGCUAGUAACAGUACCAUCCUUCGCGCCCCUGGCUUGGCUUGGAAGGUGGAGUAUAAGGAUGAUGGUUUGAAUGAGCCAUCAUUGAAUGCUGAAAUCAAAGUUGACGCAUCUUCAAACACCCUGUACCCCGCCGUUGUCCCACUCAUCAUGGAAAUAUCUUCAACCGUCAAGGAUAUUGUUAGUGACGAAGACAAAGAUUCUACUACGGGACCACUGAAAGGAUCACCACAGAAGUUCAUGAGCACAGACGAAGAUAAUAUCUUAACUGCAGACCCUAGUGCGGUACUGGGUCGAACAAGACUUAACCUGGGGUUCCGAAUUUGCAGACAGGAAUUCACAUUAAGCUGUCAACCGAUAGCUAGAGUGUCAGCUACUGCUCGUUUUGAUGACAUCUAUAUAACCAUAAACACCGUCAAGUCAACCGAGCAUGGACAUUUUUUCGCCGCAUCCGCUAUUUUCACGAGACUUCAAGCCUCUGUGCAGCACGUUUACUCGAGAGAAUCCACUGGCAGCUUCGAUGUCGACUCCGUUUUUCUCUCUUUGAUGAACAGUAAACAUGUCAGUGGUAUCAGUGGAGUUUCGACCAUAUUGAAAAUAAGCCCUAUGAAAAUAUUGAUAAACGCAAAACAGAUUCAAGAUUUUCUCCUUUUUAGAGAGAUCUGGAUACCCCAAGAAAUACGACAGCAGUCUUCAUCACCGGCGCCUGCACCGUCGUUAGCACCCACAUCGACAACAAUGCAGUCACAAACCUAUCUUGUGCAACGAUAUCAACAGGUUGCCGCGACGGGAGCUUUUCCUUGGAACGCGACAGUAUCGAUCGCUGAGUUAGAUGUGCAAUUAGAUUUUGGGCAGGCAAUCGGUAGAUCGGCAUUCAUCAUUUCCAAUUUCUGGGUAUCGUCGAAGAAGAACUCGGAUUGGGAGCAAAACCUCUGUUUAGGGUUCGACAAGGUUGGGGUAAACAGCACUGGGAGGAUGAGUGGCUUCGUGACCUUGCAAGAUUUCCACGUACGAACUUCCAUACAAUGGCCAGCUCGCGAAAUGGCUCUCAACCAGACGCCACUUGUUCAGGCUUCACUGCGCUUUGGCAAAUUUCGCGUGAAAGCUGCAUUUGAAUAUCAGGCUUUUCUGGUAGCCGAUAUCACUUCUCUAGAGUUCCUUAUGUACAACGUUAGGAAUGGUCCUGAGGCAAAAGGUGACCGACUGGUAGCUAUACUGGACGGUGAGACAGUGCAAGUUUUUUGUACCACCACUACAGCAUCUCAAGCAUUAGCUUUGUAUCAAGCGUUUGUUCGAUUGGCUCAAGAGAAAAGAGCGAACUAUGAGGCAUCUCUUACCGAGAUUGACAAGUUUAUGAAACGAAAAUCAAUAUCGCAUCCUGUACUACCUCCGCAAGAUAUAGUCAACUCCGAAAAUGAAGAAAAAGUCGCGAAUUCGCCAAUUUCUCUUCAUACAGACGUAAUUGUCACUCUCAAGGCUGUUAAUAUGGGCGCUUUCCCGAACACAUUCUCUGAUCACCAGGUCUUCAAGUUAGAGGCUUUGAACGCACAGGCGCGUUUUGCUGUGACCAUGGAUGAAGGGAAAAUCCACAGUAUUCUUGGGCUUACCCUCGGUCAACUUAGAAUUGGUCUUGCUGGGGUGAAGAAGAUUGACAUGCCGAAAUCGGUGGGAGAUCUCUCUGUGGAAGACGUUGUCAACAGCGCCACUGGCUCUCGUGGAGGCACCAUUUUGAAGGUACCUAAGGUCGAAGCUACAAUGCAGACAUGGCAAGUACCCAAUACUCACCAUAUCGACUACAUAUUCAAGAGUUCUUUUGAAGGCAAGGUCGAAGUUGGCUGGAACUACUCUCGCAUCAGCUACAUUCGGAGCAUGUGGGCUUCUCAUGCAAAGGCUCUUGCUCAAAGACUCGGGAAGCCGUUACCGCCCUCAGCGGUCAAGAUCACCGGUGUUCCAGACGAAGAGGAUGGACCUCGAAAAGAUGGUGAGCAGCAAAAAAUCACGGCCGAGGUCAAUGUUCCACAAUCAAGAUACGAUUACACGGCUUUGCAAGCACCGAUUAUUGAGACGCCACAAUUGAGGGAUAUGGGUGAAGCCACGCCACCAUUGGAAUGGAUUGGUCUUCACCGCGACAGACUUCCUAACUUGACACAUCAGAUCGUGAUUGUGACUCUUCUCGAGUUGGCUAGCGAGGUCGAAGAUGCUUAUGCGAAGAUUCUGGGGUCUUCUUAA